AUGGCUUCUUUCUCCAUAUUGUAUCUGUAUCUACAUGCCUUGAUGAUAAUAUUGUCUUCCCUGGUACUGGGCCUAGCUUCCUCUGCUCCACUUUCCCCCGUAUACUAUAACAGAGUGUGUCCCCAAGCCUUGCCAACCAUCAGACGCAUGGUGGAGGAUGCCGUGAGCCAAGAGCGCCGCAUGGGAGCCUCUUUACUGCGUCUACAUUUCCAUGACUGUUUCGUUAAUGGUUGUGAUGCUUCAAUACUGCUAGAUGCAACACCCACAAUUGACAGUGAAAAGAAUGCGCUUCCUAAUGCGAAUUCCGCAAGAGGAUUUGAGGUUAUCGACCGGAUCAAGGCCCAAGUGGACAAAGUCUGCGGACGCCCCGUCGUAUCUUGCGCUGAUAUUUUGGCCGUUGCCGCUCGUGACUCCGUAGUUGCUUUAGGAGGACCAUCUUGGGCGGUUCAGCUGGGCAGGAGAGACUCCACGACCGCCAGCAGAAGCGUAGCAAACAAUGACAUACCAUCGCCCUUCAUGGACCUACCAGCACUCAUUAGCAGCUUCAAGAAGCAAGGUCUGAACGUUAAAGACCUUGUGGCGCUGUCUGGUGGCCACACCCUCGGGUUUGCUCAGUGCCGCCUCUUCAGAAACCGGAUCUACAACGAGACCAAUAACAUCGACCCCUCCUUUGCCAGCCAAAGGCAAGCAACCUGUCCUCGCGCUGGAGGCGACUCCAACCUUAGCCCCCUCGAUCCUUCCCCCGCCGUUUUCGACACUGCCUACUUCAGUAACUUGGUGAGCAAGAGAGGGCUACUUCACUCUGAUCAGGCACUAUUUGGUGCUGGGGGCCCAACCCAGGAUCUCGUCAAGUCUUACUCCGCUAACUUGCUCGCCUUCUCCGCUGAUUUUGCCAAUUCCAUGAUUAAGAUGGGCGGUAUUAAACCUUUGACGGGGAACCGAGGUCAAAUCCGAUUCAACUGCAGAAAGGUGAACUAG